AUGGACUGUCUACUCUCACGUCUCCCGUGCGUUCGCGCUGCCGUGGAGCCCUAUAGCUCCUCCGUCUCCUCCGAACACGCUCAAUUGGCUGGAGUCGCGCUCGCCUCCCUACUCGCCGUCUACGUGGGGUACCUCUACAUUCUAAGCCGGAGGGAGGCUGCCGUCACAUUCAAUGUUCCCUUGCCGCAGGAAGUGCGCAAGAGUGGAGAUGGAAAGAAAUGGGAUGAUAUUCAAGGGCAGGAAAAGCGCAUCCUGGAGGAUCAAGCUCGCGGGAAAUGGAACGACAAGCUGAUCAUGAGCUACUGCCCGGCUGAUGGACGUGUCUUGGGCAACGGAAUCAAACCUGCCACGGUCGAGGAUGUCAACACCGCUGUGCGCGCAGCCAAGGACGCGCAGCGCGAGUUUGCGAAGACUACGUUCGCCGAGCGCAGACAGAUCAUUCGCACUCUGCUUAAGUACGUCCUCGAUCACCAAGACGACAUCGUGACUGCCUGCUGCCUCGACUCUGGAAAGACCAAAGUGGACGCCUCCUUCGGCGAAAUCCUAGUGACGGCCGAGAAGCUCAAGUGGACAAUCGACCAUGGCGAGAAGGCCCUGCUGCCCUCGCGCCGCCCUACCAACUUCCUUAUGAUGUACAAGAAGAACAUGGUCACCUACGAGCCUCUCGGCGUAGUCGCCGCCUGCGUGUCUUGGAACUACCCAUUCCACAACUUCAUCGGCCCAGUCAUUAGCGCCCUCUUCACCGGAAACGCAGUCGUCGUCAAGCCCUCUGAACAAACAGCCUGGUGCACAUCGUUCUUCCUAGACAUCGUCCGUGGCGCCCUCUCCAGCUGCGGCUACUCACGCGACCUAGUCCAAACAGUCGUCUGCCUCCCAUCUGUCGCAGACACCCUGACCUCCCACCCCGACAUCGCCCAUAUCACAUUCAUCGGCUCCCGCCCAGUCGCCCACCAUGUCUGCGCAUCCGCCGCCAAAGCCCUGAUCCCCGUCUGCGUCGAACUAGGCGGCAAAGACCCCUCCGUGAUCCUAGAUGACUCCCGCACCGUCCGCAACCUACCCACCAUCGCCUCAAUCCUAAUGCGCGGCGUCUUCCAAUCCGCCGGCCAAAACUGCAUCGGGGUAGAACGCAUCAUCGCCCUCCCAGACUCCUACGACAAACUAAUCUCACUCGUCGAACCGCGCAUCAAAUCUCUCCGUCUCGGCUCCAUCCUGCUGGACGCUACUACCCCAGACAUGGGCGCCAUGAUCUCCCCAGCCUCUUUCGAUAAAUUGGAAUCCCUCAUCGCCGAGGCAGUCAAGCAAGGCGCUCGUCUCCUCGCUGGUGGUAAACGCAUCCAACACCCCGUCCACUCUCACGGCCACUACUUCGCUCCAACCCUCCUCGUCGACGUUACUCGCAACAUGCGAAUCGCCCAAGAAGAACUCUUCGCUCCGGUCUUCCUCGUCCUCCGCGCUGACUCCGUCCCCGACGCAAUCUCAAUUGCAAACUCAACCAUCUACGCCCUCGGCGCCAGUGUCUUCGGCCACAAUGCCUCCGACGUGCAAGCGUGCGUAUCUGGUAUCGAAGCGGGUAUGGUCUCCGUCAAUGAUUUCGGUGCGUACUACGCUGUGCAGCUACCUUUCGGCGGUGUGAAGGGAUCUGGCUAUGGGCGGUUUGCGGGCGAUGAGGGACUAAGGGGAUUGUGUAAUUUGAAGGCUGUUUGUGUGGAUCGGUUCCCGACGUUGGUUGGGACUGCGAUUCCGCCCCGAGUGGAUUAUCCCAUUCACAAGGGAGGUGAGAAGGAUGGUGUCAAGGCUUGGGAGAUGUGCAAGGGAGUGGUUGAGACGGGGUAUCAGAUUACGAUUGGAGGAUGGAUUGCUGGUCUUUUCCGGUUGUUGGGGAACAUGUGA